CAAUCGUUCAAAGAGUAUUUUCUAAGUCGGGUGUAACUAGUAAUAGUGAAUUAACAUGUUUGAUUAUUUUCAAAUAUUAAUUGCAUUUGUCGCAAUUUUUCUCACUUUGUAUUAUUAUUUUACAUUAAAUUUUAAUUUCUGGAAAAAUCGCAAUGUGGUUGCACCUAAACCGAUACCAUUUUUUGGAAAUACCAAGGAUGUCAUAUUAAGAAAAAUUGAAAUAAGUAAUUUUAUAGCGAAAUUAUAUAAGAAAUACGACAAUGAGGCAAUGUUCGGGAUAUUCUUCGGUAGUUCGCCUAAUCUCGUUUUGCGCGAUUUAGAUCUCAUCAAAGAUGUUUUAAUUAAAGAUUUCUCUACGUUUGACGAACGAGGAUUCAAGAUUUCUGAACGGGCUGACCCAUUGAAUGCAAAUCUCUUUAAUUUGGAUGUUAAAAGAUGGCGACCAUUAAGAAUAAGAUUGUCAUCAGUAUUUACUUCUGGUAAAUUGAAAGAAAUGUUCCCCUUUAUGUUGGAAUGUGCCGAACGUUUAGAGCAAUGUUUAGAAAAUGCUGUGAAAAGAGAAGGAUUUGUAGAUUGUUUUGAAAUAUCAGCGAGAUACACCACAGAUGUUAUUGGAAGUUGCGCUUUUGGAAUCAACAUGAACGCGUUGUCAGAUGAAUGUAGUGAAUUUCGCAGAAUAGGAAAAAGAAUUUUUGAUCUAGAUAAAAACAUUCUAAGAUCUUUUCUUCGACAAUUCUUUCCACAGUUCUAUAAUUUACUUGGUUUUGUAAUACCAUAUUCAGAAACAAGCAUAUUUGUGACAAAAUUUAUUUCAGAAAUGAUUAAAUAUAGGGAAGAAAAUAAUGUGGUAAAAGCAGAUUUUGUAAACUCAUUAAUGGAAUUGAAAAAACACUCGGAAAAGUUGCAGAAUAUUAAAAUAACAGAUAAUUUACUUGCUGCACAAGCUUUUGUUUUCUUUGCUGCUGGAUUUGAAACAUCAUCGACAACAAUGGCACAUGCUCUUUAUGAAAUGGCUUUGAAUCCUCACAUACAAGAUAAAGUACGAAAAGAAAUAAAAGAAUUCCAUGCCAAAAAUAAUGGGAAUUUCACAUACGAAGAAGUUAAGAAAAUGAAAUAUUUGGACAAAGUAUUUAAAGAAACACUUAGAAAAUAUCCACCAGGGGUGUUUCUAAAGCGAAAAUGCAACUCUAAUUAUACCUUCAAUGGUACAAAAGUAUCGAUACCUGCUGGAACUUCUGUAAUUAUUCCUGUGUAUUCAAUUCAAACAGAUCCAAAAUUCUAUGAAAAUCCAGAUGUAUUUGAUCCUGAAAGAUUUAAUGAGGAUGCAGUAGCUGCAAGGCAUCCAAUGAGUUAUUUACCAUUUGGUAAUGGACCAAGGAAUUGCAUUGGAAUACGAUUUGGCAUUUAUCAAACAAAAGUUGGACUGAUAAGAAUGUUACAAAAUUUCAAAGUAAAUGUUUGCGAAAAGACAAUGAUUCCUUAUAUAAAGAAAAUAAAUUCAUUUACAUUGGCCCCUAAAGAUGGAAUUUUUUUGAAAGUAGAAAAAAUAACUGAUUGUGGAAAAAUACAAAAUAAUAAACCGUAUCAUACAUUGAGUUUUUACUUCGUGUCAAAACAAAAAUUUAAUUAUAUCCAUUAUUUCUUCAUUAAAUUAACUUAUAAAACAAGAAUGCCAAGUUUAGAAAUUAUUUUUGGAAUCAUCUUAUUAUUUCUGGCAAUUUAUUAUUAUUUCACUUCAACGUUCGAUUUUUGGAAAGUUCGUGGAGUACCUGGACCAAAGCCGAUACCAAUAUUCGGUAAUAUAAAAAAUGUAAUGCUUUUAAGAACGUCUAUGUGCCACUAUUUAAAAAAACUCUGUGAAGAAUAUAAACAUGAACCUAUGAUUGGAAUAUUCACUAGAAAAACACCUAUACUCAUUAUUCAAGAUCCAGAUCUUAUAAAGGAUGUUUUAAUAAGGGAUUUUUCUAAGUUUGCCAACCGAGGAAUUCCUAUUCAUGAAAAGGCAGAACCAUUAUCUUCACAUCUCUUCAAUUUGGAGGUAGAAAGAUGGCGUCCAUUAAGAACAAGACUUUCGCCAGUAUUUACAUCUGGCAAAUUGAAAGAAAUGUUUCCCUUAAUAUUAGACUGUGCAAAACAUUUGGAACAAUAUCUGGAUAAACUGAUAUUAAGAGAAGAAUUUAUAGAAUGUCGUGAAUUAACAGCUAAAUAUACAACAGAUGUGAUAGGUAGCUGUGCCUUUGGUAUCGAAAUGAAUGCACUGUCUGACGAAGAAAGCGAAUUUCGUCGAAUAGGUAGAAAAGUAUUUGCCAAUUCAUUUGGGCAAAUCUUAAGAUUUCGAUUUAGACAAAUUUUCCCACGAAUUUAUAAUUUACUUGCUUUCAUAUUACCACCAAUGGAAGUCACAAAGUUCCUCACGAAUAUUAUCGUAAGUACAAUGAAAUACAGACAGGAAAACAACAUUGUGAGGCCUGAUUUUGUCAAUAUGCUUAUAGAGCUUAAAAAACAUCCAGAUAAAUUAGAAAAUAUUAAAUUAACGGAUACUUUAUUAACGGCACAAGCAUUCGUUUUCUUCAUUGCUGGAUUUGAAACUUCUUCGUCAGCUAUAAGCAACGCACUUUAUGAAUUAGCUUUAAAUCCUGAAAUUCAAGAUAAGUUACGGCAAGAGAUUAAAGAAUAUUUCAAUAAACAUAAUGAAUUGAAAUACGAAUAUAUAAAAAAUAUGACAUAUCUGGAUUUAGUAUUUCGUGAAACAUUAAGAAAAUAUCCACCUGGACCACUUAUAUUAAGGAAGUCAAUAACUAAUUAUACUUUCAACAAUACAAAAAUUUCUAUACCAGAAGAAAGUUUUGUAUGGAUACCAUUAUAUGCAAUUCAUCAUGAUCCUAAGAUUUAUCCAAAUCCUGAUGCUUUUAUUCCUGAAAGAUUUAAUGAUGAUGUCAUUGCAACACGACAUCCAAUGCACUAUUUACCUUUUGGUGAUGGACCCAGAAAUUGUAUUGGAGCACGAUUUGCAGUUUACCAAUCCAAAAUUGGUUUGAUAACAAUACUUUGGAAUUAUAAAGUUGAAGUUUGCAAUAAAACUAUGAUUCCAUAUGAAAUUAAUCCAGCUGCUUUCUUAUUAACACCAAAAGGAGGAAUAUAUUUAAAAUUUACAAAAAUAAAAAAUGAUGAAGAAAUUUUAAAUUGAUGAGAUUUUAAAAAAUUUAAACUGGUUCUAAUAAUUCAAUGAAAAACAUUUUAAAAAAAUUUAUAUUUUCUAUUGAAUUAUCAGAAUCAACUAUAUUGAUAAGAGCUAUAUUUUGAGCUAUAUAUGUAUUUCAUGAUAUAAUAUAUUUUAUUAUAAUAUUAAUUUUUAAUUGAAGAAAUCUAGAUUGCAUAAUAUGAAAUGAUUAAUUAUAAAUAUAUAAAUUGAAUUUUCUUGUUUUGUUAUUUUUAUUAUUAUUAUAUUAUAUUAUAUAUUAUAUAUUUAAUUAUAUAUAUAAAUCUUGUAUAAAUAACGAAUACUAAAUGAUAUAUAUAUGUACAUAUAAAAAAUACAAGAAAAUAAAGAAUAAUUCAUUAAUAAAA